UAUUUGCCGGUGCCGCUCCGCUGUAAACAAAAAGUGUCUGGCAGACGGACGCUCCGCUGAUUUUAGGGACAUUUUUAUUUCUCUCGUUUAUUAUCUCUUCAGGUAUGUCUUACAAGCCCAAUCCCCAUCAACACCUUCCGGGAACUUCAGGGAACCAAGGAGGCAUUCCCUCUCCGUCUUCUAUGGCAAAUGUACAGUCAUACAAACCAAUUUUAAAUGACUUUGGACCACCAUCACUGGGGUUCCCACAGGGACCAAACGGUAACCAAGUACCCCAGAGUAAAUAUGCCGAACUUCUUGCCAUUAUUGAGGAACUUGGGAAGGAAAUAAGACCAACGUACGCAGGGAGUAAAAGUGCAAUGGAACGGCUUAAAAGAGGUAUCAUUCAUGCGAGAGGGCUUGUUCGGGAAUGUCUGGCAGAAACAGAACGUAACGCGAGAUCCUAGCCCCUAAAUUUGUUUUUUAAUCCAUACAGCAAAAAGAACUGUGUCUUCUUAAACCCUUUCACAUGGGAAUCAUGCAUGCCUUUCCUUUGACGGGGGAUAAAACAAUCAAACAAUGGAGCAUUUAUGUUACAAAUUUUCUUAUGUGGCUUGGAGGGAAAACAAGACUCGGAGAUCAUAUCUCUUGAUUUAUAAAUGCUGACAUUUGGAACUGUUGCCAUUUAUUUUUGUUUGUUUUUUUAGAUAUUUUAUUAUCUAUCUUGUUUUUGUUUUUUGACCACAUAGUAUCUGAAGUAAAGUUUAAAUAAGCAAAAAUGCAUGCAACCAGAUUAUAGGUCCCAAAUUAGAAACUUGCAUGGCUUUUACAGGUUUAGACUAGAUAUGUGCUUUUAGAAAUAGGUCUCAGGAUACGUUUUAAGGUAUUUUCUCAUUGGUCCCAAUAAUGGAUAGGUAAGUUUUCUUUUAUUUGGGGAGAUACUGAAAAGUAGUAUUAUUAGUGUUGCCAUCAUGUUCGUCUUUAUUUGUAUUUAUUACCUUGUGUAAUAAAAUGUAUUUUCAUGUAAAGACAAAAAAGUCACACUUUGGAAUUUUGUAUAUCUGUCAAUAAAUAUGACAUGGAUUGUGUAUUAAACAUU